AUGAGUAUUGAUAAUGAAACACUGACUGCUUUGAGAAAUAGUGGUCAAGAAGUUAAAAAUGAUACUAACCAAACAAGUGAAUUAUCGAAAGAAGAAAAACUAAGAAAACGUAGGGAACAAUUAGAAUUAUGGAGGCAAAAAAAGCAACAACAACAGGCUCAGAAUAAAGUAACGAAAAUAGAAGAUAAUACCAACAAUGGCAGUACUGAUGAAGUUAAAAAGACUCGUCAACAAAGAAUAGAGGAAUGGAAACGAGCCAGAUUACAAAAACAACAGGCAACCAAAGAGAAAACCACAACUAUCACAAUUAAGAAAAAAGUUCAUCAACCAACAACUAGAUCAACCCUUAAGAGAAAUUUGGAUUUUGGCGACGAUGAAGAUGAGAUGAAAAAUUCACAUCGACCUGUCUUCAAGAAGCCAAGCUUGGAGUAUGAUGAGAUACUGGAACACCAAGAGGAUAAAGAGUCUGAAGAUGAAUUGGAUGCUUUUCUUGCCUCCAUUCGUGAAUCGGAAUUGAAGUCAGAUGAUACAAAAGCCGAAAAAUCUAUAAAAAGUGUACGUGAAGAUGACAACCACAGUCUCGCUGAUGAUGAGGAGGAAGAGGAAGUUGACGAAGAAUCAAGAUUACAAGAGUUGAUUUCCACAAAAUUGACAAAACUUCAAAACAAAGGUAAAGAAUUACAAUCAAUAGAUCAUUCACACGAAAACUAUCAAGAGUUUCGCAAAGUUUUCUAUAAUGAAACUUAUGAACUACUGUCCUUACUGAAUGAACAAGUAGAAUUAAUUAGACAAGACCUUGAUAAUAUAAAAGUCAAAGGUACAGAUGUUCCACGACCAAUACUAAAAUGGAGUCAUUUGGCAUUACCGACAAAUCUAUCUUCGGUAAUUCAUGAUAAAUUGAAAUUUGAAAAACCAUCGGCAAUUCAAAGCCAGGCAUUGCCAACAAUUUUGUCUGGUCGUGAUGUGAUUGGAAUUGCCAAAACAGGGUCUGGGAAAACAUUAUCGUAUGUAUUACCUAUGCUUAGACAUAUACAUGAUCAACAGUUUUUGAAAGAUAACCAAGGCCCUAUUGGAUUAAUAUUGAGUCCUACACGUGAAUUGGCUUUACAAAUUGAAAAAGAAAUACUAAACUUUACCAAAAAGAAUAAUUAUCUAAGAGUAUGUUGUUGUUAUGGAGGCAGUUCUAUUGAAAAUCAAAUUAAUGAAUUGAAAAAAGGUGUUGAAAUAAUUGUUGGUACUCCAGGUAGAGUCAUUGACUUGUUAGCAGCUAAUUCCGGAAGGGUGACAAACUUGAAGAGAUGUACAUUUGUGGUACUAGAUGAAGCAGAUAGAAUGUUUGAUUUGGGGUUUGAACCACAAGUAAAUAAAAUAUUCACUCAAAUCAGACCAGAUAGACAAACUGUAUUGUUUUCAGCCACAUUCCCCAGAAAAAUGGAAACAUUAGCAAAACAGAUUUUGGCAGACCCGGUUGUAAUAAUUGUGGGUGGUAUUAGUGUGGUUGCUCCUGAGAUUAAACAGGAUGUUAUCUUAUUUGAGACCUCUUUGGAAGAACAGGAUAAAUACAAGCAACAGCGCAUUGAGAAGUUGCACGAUAUAUUAUCUAAUUAUCAAAUAGAACGUCCCGAUUCUAAGAUUCUAGUAUUUACUGAGAAGCAAAAUGAUGCCGAUGAGUUGGUUGCCAAUUUAUUAUCAAACAAAUAUCCUGCUAUUGCAAUACAUGGUGGUAAAGAUCAAAUGGAUAGAAAAUACGCUAUUAAAGAAUUUGCUAGUAUGGAUAGUGGUAUUAAUAUUUUGAUUGCCACUUCUAUAGCUGCCAGAGGGUUGGAUGUUAGAAAUCUUGGGUUGGUUAUUAAUUUUGACCCACCAAAUCAUAUGGAGGAUUACGUUCAUCGAGUUGGUAGAACAGGUAGGGCUGGUGCCAAGGGGAAUGCUGUUACAUUUGUUAGUUCUAGUCAACCAAAAGAAGUUUUCAAUUUGGUGAAAGCUUUAAAAUUGAGUCAUUCUGAUAUUGAUCCUAAAUUAGAGGAAAUAGCUAACAAAUUUAUCAAUAAAGUUAAAGCAGGCAAAGAAAAAAUUGGUUCUGGAUUUGGUGGUAAAGGUUUAGAUAACUUGCAAGAAGUGAGAGACAAUAAGUUGAAAUUAGAAAAACAAAGAUUUGGUGAUCAACAACCGCCACAGAACCAACAAGAAGAAACAGAGACGAAAAAACCAAAUAAUGAACCUGCGACAGAUAUUGCCUUACCUGAAUUCAAUAUCAUUGAAGGUAAUACUCCAGAAACAUCAGGUCCAGAUAAAUGUAAAUUCUAUUGUAGAAUUGUUAUUAAUGAUUUACCUCAAAAAGUGAGGUGGAAUAUUGUGCAACGAGAGAAUUUGUCUAAAAUAAUUGAUGAGUCAAGAACCUCAAUAACAACUAGAGGUCAAUAUUACCCACCAGGCUCAAAACCAUUAUCCAAUGAUCAAGAAAGAAGUGGCAGUUUAGCAAAAUUAUAUUUGUUAGUUGAGGGGUUGACACUACAGUCAGUUACCGAGGCUAUUACUUUGAUCAAGAAAAAAAUGUUGGAGAGUUUGGAUAUUAUGAAUCAAAGAGAAAACUUACAACCAACUGGAAGAUAUGUUGUAUGA